AUGGCGCCGCGGGGCAUGGCGCUCCGAGGCUCCCCAGCGCGCCCACAGCAACACUCGCCUCCCCGAGCGCCCGCGGGGCCCUCCUCGCCCGGUCCCGCGGGGUCCCGGCGGUCCGGUAGGGCAAGCGACGCGAGCCCGCAGCGUCCGUCGCCCUCCUCGACUCAGUUCGGCAGCCCCGGGAUGGGUCCCGUGCCCGGGUGGUCCCCGCCGUCGCGGGGGGGGUCGGGGGUGUCUCCUGACCGCAGUUCGGUGGCGACGCUCGACGCUACGGACUGGGCGGACACGCCGUCGCGGCCCGGCUGGAUGUCACCCGGUUCGCCGCGUCUGGAAAGCGAGCCACAACCGCCCGCGCCCUCGUCGGGCGCGCAGCGGUCCCUGGAGGGCGCGUUCGCGGCGGAGGCCAAGCCCCCCCGUCGCUCCCUGCCCGACAUCGAAUCGGAUCCGCUGCAGGAGGGUCUGAUGCGGGCGGAACAGGUAUCCGAACACGCGUCGUGGACUCAGGCAGUCGACCUCGGCGACGUGCGCGCGUCCGUGAACUCGCUCGGGGAGCGCGUCCACCGCGUCGAGUCGCUCGCGGGGUACGUGCAGCGGUAUAACGACCCCGCUGUCGAGGAGGGAUCCAGCUCUUCGAGGUCCACCCCUGACUCAGCCCUGCACCGGGACUCGGCCAGCAGCAGCGUGCGCAGCGGCCAGGUGGCCGUCGACCUCUCGCCGCAGCGGCAAGCCGCGCAGGCCGCCGCGAGCGACGCCGAGCAGCCGCCCACACCCAGCGCUGGCGUGUGGGCCGCGCCGGCCGCGGACGCGCACGGCAGCGCCCGUGGCCCGUCGCCGAAGGGCAGCGCCGGCGGCGCGUGGGGACGCCCUCCCACCCCGCCCUCGUCGCGCUCUUCGGGCGCUCCGGCGGCGUCGAGCAAGGUCGUGGCACAGGCUGCUAGUCUGACUGACGUGGCAGACGCCGGCGCGCAGCGCGCGGAGCGGGCGCCGCGGCCGCGCGGGGCCGCGAACGGGCGGAACAGCGACGAUUGGUCGCUGACGUCGAGCAGCAGCGGCUCCGGCGCGGGCGGCGUCGUCGCGACAAGUGCGCAGGACGGGGACCCAGCCGGGGACAGCGGCGCUGCCGCCCCGCGCGCGUCGACGUCGUCCUCCUCGCACGGAAGCGCCGGCUCGAGAGCCUCGCUCGUGGACCAGGCGGAGCGCAGCGCGCAGGUCCUGCCGCACGGAGCGGUGGUGCGACUGUUGCCGCUGCACCGGGGGGCGCAGGGGUGGGUGGUGGUCGCCGGGGCGCAAGCCUGGGUGCCGCACAGGCUCGAGCUGUCGACGGACACGCUGGACGACGACGAGUUGCGCGUGCAGCUGCGCAUUUCGCGCGCCGGCGCCCCCCGCGGCUGCCUGCGUCUGUCGUCGCCGCUCGCGCCCGACAGGGUGCUCGCGGCGGCCCGCGACGGCCACGACAGCCUCUCGAUGACGUUCCAGCCCGCGGGGCCGUCGGUCGCGAAGGACUGGCUGCUCGUGCUGCGCGGCGAGAGCUCCCAGACGGCAGACGGCGCGACCACGUUCAGCGGGACGCUGUCCCCAGCGGGGCUCGAGGGUCGGAGCUUGGAGUGCCGCGUACGCCUCCUCACGGGCAAGACAGUGCACCCGGCGUUCCGGAACCCCUCGCUGGCGCCGCGCGCGGGCUCUGCGAGCGAGCAGGCCCCCAGGGGCAGAAGCCAGCGGGUGGCGCAGCUCGCCGCGACGUGGGAGGCAAGCACCAGGUCAAGCGACGCCUCCGCGCCCCGUUCUGUGUCCGCAGCGGCCGCUCGUCCUCGCAAGGCCGCGAACCUCGCAGCUGCGUGGGAGUCGCGGACCCCCCCCGCAUCGGCGCCGCAGGCGCGGCGGACGUCGGACGAUGCGCCGUCACACGGUCCGGCGCCGUCGGCGGCCCUGGAUGGUCCUGGCAGCGCCGGCAACAGCGGCGUCAACGCCUCGGCCGCGGAGAUCGUUGCCACAGCGCGGGCGCGGGCUGGCGCCAGCUCCGCGCCGGCGCGGGCCCAGGCCACGACGAGCCCGCCGAGGGAGCGCGACACGUCCCCGGUCGUGCCGAACUACGCGCAGCGCCUCGAACGCGCACAAGAGACCCCCCCGACGCCGCAGACACCCCCUCAGGAGUCCCCCCCGGCCGGCGCCGCGAGCCCCCCGCGCAGCGCGGUCAAGCUCGCGAUCACCGAGGCCCUCGCGCUCGCGAACACCUCCCCGAGCCGCGACAAGGGCCACGUGCUGUCAGCUGUGUCGGGUUUGGUAGCAGAAGAGUUCAUCACCGUGCUGGAAGCACUGGCGCAGCAGUACCGCGAGGCCGUCGCCGAGGUCGCGCGGCUGCGCGGGCAGCGCGACCGCAUCGUGGCGUCCGCGGCGCGCAACGUCGCCGCGGCGCGCGCAGGCAUGCUGGAAGCGGCCGGGUCGGCAGUGGCGCAGGUCAAGGGCGCCGUGGAGGCGUCGCUGCAGCUCUCGCUGCACAAGCGCGACGUCUUCCACCGCGAGGUGCGCGUGGAGAAGUACCGGUGGCGCCGCGAGAUGCACCUGAAGCGCCGGGCGUUCUCCGGCAUGUUGUUGUGGAGGGACUGGCAGUCGGACUUCCGCGAGUCCCAGCGGCUCGACAGCAUGCGGCUGUGCUUCGAGCACUGGCAGUCGUUCACGGCCGGGCGCGUGCGCCUCGAGGAGCGCCUCGAGCGCGCGUACUGGGGCCGCCUGGCCAUGCGGGUGUGGGCGGCGUGGCGGGACCGCACCCGCGCGACGUCGGCGCUGGUCGCGGAGGCACGAGCGCGCCGCGCGCGCCGCAUCCUGUACGCCUGGCGAGACGAGGCGAAGCACAGCGCGCUCCUCGGCCGCAAGGAACUCGAGUUGCAGGACCGCCAGGAGGAGCGGUUGUUGCGCAAGUGCCUGCGAGGGUGGGCGGCCGCGGCGCUGCCGACGGCGGACGACCAGCGGCGGCUGGAGAUGUUCCGGGCGACGCAGCGGCACCGCCGGCAGCGGCUCGUCGUCGCGGCGUGGCGGGAGCGGGUGUCCGUGAAGCGGGAGGUGCGCGCGGAGGCGCGGGCGCUGGAGGAAGUUCGCGAGCGGGACAGGAUGCGGACGAUGCUGCGCGCGUGGAAGGAUGCCGUGCAGCACGCCGUCAUGCUCGACGCGCUCGUGGAGCGGUACCGCGAGCGGGCGGACGCGCUGCGCGUGACGUCGGUGUGGUCGCGGUGGGCGGGGCUCGCGCGGGCGCGGCGGCGGCAGGAGAUCACGGUGGCGCGGUACACGCAGCGGCGGCAGAGGGCGCUCAAGGCGUCGGUGCUGCGGGCCUGGAGCGACCGCGCGGCGGCCAAGUCGGCGGCGCACGCGCACGCGAGGAAGGCGACGGCGCGCAUGGUGGCCGUGCGGACGCGGGACGCGUUCGUUGCGUGGCGCGCCGAGUGCGAGGAGGCCGCGGCGGAGCGGGCGGCGGCGGCGGCGGCCAAGAAAGCCUCGGAGGACGCACGGGCCCGCGACGUGCUCCGGGAGUGGCGGCAUGCGACGCUGCGGGCCGCGGACAGGACGAACGCGUUCGCUAAGGCGCUGCAGGGCGUGGCGCGGCGGUGGACCGUGCGGGAAGCGUGGGAGUCGUGGCGCGGGGCGUGCAUGGCCACCAACAACCUGACCUCGCUGUUCCACGCGCUCCAGGGCGCGUCGCGGCGGCGGACAGUCCGGGAGGCGUGGAAGGCGUGGCGCGGUGCGUGCAGCGCCUCUGCAAGGCUGCGUGCUGUCGCACGGGAACGCGGGCGCGCCGUGCUGGACCGCGAGGCCGCCGACGCGAAGCAGGCAGCGUUCCGGGCGCUCAAGGAGCACGCCGACCGCCGCCGGGCGCUGCGGAGGGCGGCGGAGCGCGUACGGGCCUCGCGCCGGCGCCUGCGUGGCAAGGCGAUCCUGCGCGCGUGGCGCACGGCGGCCCAGGAGGCGAUUCAGCGCAGGGAGAUCGUCUCGCGCAACGUGGCGGGCAAGGCCGUCGCGCGCGACCACUUCCUGCGGUGGUACUGGACCGCCUACGAGGGCGAGAUCACCGGGACGCUGUCGUCGCUGUUCCGGCGCUGCGAGGACGCCAUCACGAGCGUUGCCGCCGUCCGGCCUGGCGGCCGCGCGCUCUCCGACUCCCCGUCCGACGGGGGCGUCUCGGACACCCCGGCGCGCAGCCGCGGGUACUCCGGAACGCCGGGGGACCGCGCGGUGUCGAUGGAGUCCUGGCAGGCGGGCUUGCAGUCCCAGAUGGACGCGAUUCGGCAUGCCGUGCACACCAUCGCGGGCCCGCUUCCGGCGCGCGGCAGCGCCCACCCGAGCGGUGCGUCGCCGGGCUCGGGCCCAGACGGAUCGCGGAGGACCGCGAUGCCGUCGCCGGUGGCGGCGAACAGGGCACCGCCGCCGCAGGGCGCCUAUGCGGGGCGCGCGCACGCGCUCGACGCGCUGGCGGCAGCCGCAAACACCGUCCGCAGCGACCGCGCGUCCAUCGGGAGGAGCGCGGCGUCCGCGGCCACUGCAACGCGGUCGCCCCCUGGCGGCUUCGCGCCGCCGUCGCCGCCGUCGUUCGCGGCCAGCGAGCCGCAGCAGCAGGUCGUCCAGCGCAUCUCGGUGCCGGCAGGCUCCCCAGCGGCGGCGACGCAGUCCGCGGCGCUCGCGCGCUCCCCGUCGGAGCUCGCAGGCAUGGAGAGUCUCCAGCGCCUGACGCGCGUGCUCGAAAGCGUCUCGCAGGGCAUCCAGGCGGCCUCCGGCACGCACAGCCAGAGCAGCGCCCCCCCCGGCGCGGCGGGCGGGACGCCGCAAUCGAGGCUGGUGCCGUGGCCGCCCGGGGAGGGCGCGGCCGGCGCGGAGGGGUCGGUUCCGACGGCGCCGGGGGUCGAGGCGAACGAGGAGCCCGUGUGGUGGCAGGGGUGGGGCGCGGAGGAGGACGUGGAGGGGUGGCUGACCGAGCUGGGGGGUGUUGAGGGGGGUGUGGUGGAUGCCGGGGAGGACGCCGAGAGCGACGAGACCGACAGGGAGCUGGCGGCGCUGGCGUCCGCGAGGGUCGCGCGGUCGAACAGCCGGUCGUUCGCCAGCCCCGUCUGA